GCAUAUCUGUUUACUGCGAAGUUGCCUCACCGAUGGCACCCAGUCGACGGUCUGCCGAACCCAUCGCCCUCUCAAACGCUGCUCUGUGAUCAGAAAAUGAAAGUCCAACCACUAUCCGAGAACCCUCUGGUUCAGGAGGCACUGCAAGACCGCUUCAGCUUCUUCUCGUCGGAUACCCAGCAAGCUAUCACAGCAUCAUCCUGGGCAUAUCUCUUCCCCAAAGGAAACCAGGAUCACAUCUUCCAGGCAACCCAGAAAACCCGUCCAGAUCCCUCUCACCCUGUGUGGUGGGUCGACGUUCGAGAUGCCACGAGUGAAGAUGUCAGUAUUGUUACAGAGGCUCUGUCCAUUCAUCCCCUGACGGCGGAGGAUAUUGCUAUACGUGAGCCCCGCGAGAAAGUUGAGGUCUUCAAGAAUUACUACCUCAUCUCCUUUCAAACACUGGUAUCCCAGCCCACAGAGAGUGGGGAGCGGUUGGGAAUGCCCUCAUCCGCGGAGAUGUACAUCCUGGUAUUUCAGUAUGGAGUCGUCACUUUCUCACCCAGUGGAUGCAGCCAUGUGAACCGCGUGCGAGAUCGAAUUCACAGAAUGCACGAUCCUUCCAUCCUGUCCAGUGACUGGAUCUGCUACGCAUUGAUCGACGACAUUGUCGACAGUUUCGAGCCCUUCACCCGAGCCGUUGAAGCCGAAUCUGAGGCCAUUGAAGAUCAAGUCUUCAUCGCACGAAUCGACGACGUCAAAGAACUAAUCCCACAAGUCGAUAUCCUUCGCAAAAAGAUCACCCAUAUUAUCCGCUGCCUAAGCGGCAAAGUCGACGUCCUCAACGGCUUUGUAAAGCGCUGCCAGGCCCCCGAUAAACUCCAGGUUUUCCCAGACGGCGAUCUUCUGCUCUACCUGGGCGAUGUGCAGGACCACCUGGUGACAACGCUGUCGACACUGGCGCAUAUCGAUGAGAUCAUUGGCCAUCGCAGGCGAAUUUUGAGUGCGACGAAUUUGCGGAUUAGUUUGACAAUUAAUUCGGCGAUGAGUAAGGUUACAGUGCUGGCAACAAUUUUUGUCCCGUGUCAUUUGGUUACGGGUAUGUUUGGGAUGAAUGUUGGUGUGCCUGGUCAGGAUACACCUGAGUUGUCAUGGUUUUUCGGAAUUGUGGGGGUUUUUGUGGCUUUUAUGGUUGUUUGUAUGGGAAUGGCCGCAAGGUUUAAGCUUUUGUAG